GUCAGGGCCCGGCGCCCCCGAUCCCGCCAUGCUCGACUUUUUCACCAUCUUCAGCAAGGGGGGGCUCGUCCUCUGGUGCUUCCAAGGCGUGCGCGGCCCCGCGGCGGCCUGCACGGCGCCCGUGAACGCGCUGAUCCGGUCUGUUCUCCUCCAGGAGCGAGGUGGCAGCAACUCUUUCAACCAUGAAGCCCUUACACUUAAAUAUAAGCUGGACAAUCAAUUUGAGCUUGUAUUUGUGGUUGGAUUUCAGAAAAUCUUGACUUUAACCUACGUGGAUAAGUUGAUAGAUGAUGUCCAUAAGGAGUUUAGAGAUAAAUAUCGAAAUGAGUUUCAACAGAAGGGAACUCUUGGGAUCCUUAAUGGCACCUUUGAUUUUAAGGAGGACUUUUUACGUCUCCAACGGGAAGCAGAGGAGAGCAGUAAAAUCCGACCUCCCCCUGCUAUGAAGACUUUUGAACAAUCAGCAAAGUCCCAAAAAACAGUGAAGUCUAUGAUAGAAACUCGGGGAGAGAAAUCAAAAGAAAAAACAAAGAAUAAGAAAAACAAAAGCUCCAAAAAAGAAGCUCAAGGAAAUGAAAUGGCCGCGGCUCCCAAAACCGCUCCUGCAGUUAAGCUGGACCCUCCUCUGAUAAUUGGGGAAAAGGAAGAACUGAGUAAGGAUGAGAUUCUGAAGAAGAACCGGGAAGAAUUCUUCAAGAAACGGAUGAAGGGUGGAGAGAAAUCCAACAAGUCUCCAAAGCCAGAUGCUCAGAAGGACAAGGGGAAGAAGCCCCGUGUGUGGCAUACAGGGAACUCUAAUGCCAAAGUACUUGAUUAUAGUAACUCCACUACUAAUGGGAACACAGAGGCUUGUCCCAUGGAGAAUUAUGAUGCAGAAAUGCUGUUGGUAGACGGAAGUCGUGAGCCUGGCCGUCUUCUUGAUCUCGAGUACGAUAGUGAAGAGGAUCCAGGAGAAGAGGACAAAGUGGUUCCAAACUCUUCAAACACGAGCAAGAAGAAAAGUGGUCUCGGAGGCAUGUUUGGAAUGCUGAAAGGUCUUGUGGGUUCUAAAAGCUUGUCAAGAGAGGAUAUGGAGCCUGUGCUGGAGAAGAUGAAAGAUCAUUUGAUUGCGAAGAAUGUCGCUGCGGAGAUUGCAGUGCAGUUGUGUGAAUCUGUUGCAAAGAAACUGGAAGGCAAAGUGAUGGGUACCUUCACCACGGUGACCUCAACUGUGAAGCAAGCUCUUCAAGAAUCUCUGGUGCAGAUCCUCCAGCCUCAGCGCCGGGUGGACGUCUUGCGUGAUGUGAUGGAUGCCAAGGUUCACCGCCGACCUUACGUUAUCACUUUUUGUGGCGUCAAUGGAGUUGGGAAGUCAACCAACUUGGCCAAGAUUUCUUUCUGGCUGAUUGAAAACGGGUAUAGUGUCCUCAUUGCUGCCUGUGAUACCUUCCGUGCCGGAGCUGUGGAACAACUACGUACUCAUACUCGCCGCCUGAAUACUCUGCAUCCACCAGAAAGCCACAAUGGCCGCACCAUGGUGCAGCUUUAUGAGAAAGGAUACGGGAAGGAUGCAGCUGGCAUUGCCAUGGAGGCCAUUUUAUAUGCCCGCAACCAAGGUUUCAAUGUGGUUUUGGUGGACACAGCAGGCCGGAUGCAAGACAACGCUCCCUUGAUGACAGCCCUGGCUAAGCUUAUUGCGGUUAACACCCCAGAUCUUGUUCUGUUCGUGGGAGAAGCUCUGGUGGGAAACGAGGCUGUGGAUCAGCUGGUCAAAUUUAACAAAGCUCUUGCGGAUUACUCCAUAGCUCAAUCCCCACGUCUCAUUGAUGGAAUUGUUCUCACCAAGUUUGAUACCAUUGAUGACAAGGUUGGUGCCGCAAUCUCCAUGACAUACAUCACUAGCAAACCGAUUGUCUUUGUGGGAACUGGACAGACUUACUGUGACCUACGUAGCCUUAAUGCCAAGGCUGUAGUUGCUGCUCUUAUGAAGGCCUAAGCAUCCAUCAUUGCACCAAAAUCCUGUUUGCCGAUGUCUUUGGAAUGUGCUUUCCAAUGUGACUUUUCCUGGAAUCUUGCCCCACCUCCCCACC